AUGGAGGCUCAAGGAGCGUCGAGCAUGCCGUCCCAGGUAAUUGAACAAUCGGAAAAAUAAAGCAGUAAUUAUAUUGCAGGACGCCCAGGAACAGGCUCGGCAGCAGGCUGAAAAACAAGAGACCGCCAAGAAUAGCAUGAUUUCUCAGGUAAACCGACGAUUUUAAAUAGUUUAGUGAUUGAGAUCCUGCAGAUCUUGGAUCAAGCAGCCAUGCAAAGACUGAGCAAUCUGGCGGUUGCCAAACCGGAAAAAGCGCAAAUGGUCGAAGCCACUCUGAUCAAUAUGGCCAGGUUUGCACGAAAUAGCAUCCAAAUGCUUUAAGAAAGAUUUUCAGAAGAGGACAGCUCUCGGGAAAGAUGACCGACGAGGGUCUGAAGGCGUUGAUGGAGCGCGUCUCGGCGCAGACCCAGAAGGCCACCUCCGUCAAGUUCGACCGCCGGCGCAACGAAUUGGAUUCCGACGAGGAGUACGACUUCUGA